AUGGAUGAAGAUGCAACAGUCACACUGUUGAUACUAGGAGAGUCUGGCUGCGGAAAGACAACGUUCUUAUCGAGAUUAAAGAAUCCGAACCUGCGUUUCGGCAAUGGAGAUUCUGCGGGGAAUGGUCUCUUGAGGGACGGUGAUCAGCCGUUCUUGUAUGACAUUCGAUUUGCUAGGAAAUCGUUCAAGCUAGAAGUAUACGACACAGCUUCGCCGAAUCAGCACUGGUCAUCAUUGAAUCCGGGCGUUGUUAUACUUGCAUACGAUAUAUCAGAUAGAAGAAGCUUGGAUGCACUGAAAGGAUGGCGUAACGAUAUAACCAGGUACUUCCAACGAGGUACCGGUGAACGUAUACCCGUCAUGAUGCUUGGUCUCAAGCGAGAUUUACGAGAAGAGAAUGAUCAAAUUAUUUAUCCGCAAGAGGCUUACCGCAUAGCGCAAGAAUUGCACUGUGAUCGCUAUGCAGAAUGCUCUGCCGUCACCGGAGAAUUGAUCAAGGAGGCUUUUGAGGACAUUGCGAAAGUCGCGGCUAUGACGACCACAGAGAAAGGAGCCCAAGGCGCCGGUGGUUGUACCGUUUUGUGA